AUGGCACAGGCUAGGGAAGAAGCAGGAGACAGUCAGUUGGUGUCUGGUCGGGAGCCAUCAUCACACAUCAUCAGAGUGUCUGUCAAGACCCCACAAGACUGCCAGGAAUUUAUGCUGGCAAAAAAUAGCAGCAUCCUUCACUUUAAGAAACAGAUCUCCAAACGCCUUCACUGUGGUGCUGACAGAUUGGUGCUCAUCUUCACGGGAAAAAUCCUCCGGGAUCAAGACACACUAAGCCAGCGUGGCAUCUUUGAUGGCACUACAGUCCACUUGGUGGUGAGGAGCCAGCUGAAAAGAACUCUGCCCAGUCCUGGAACUCUGCCAGGCCCCACAGGCCACUGCACCCAUCGUUCUGAACCCUCCACCUCAGAGAGUGCCCGGAUGCUAGCCAGGCUGGUCCGUCUUGUCCGGAGCUCACCUGAUCUACCUGACUUCCUUGGCCAGGUGGCUCAAUUCCUGAUGGCUGCUCCUGAGUCUGCAGCACAGUUCUUGGAAGACCCUGUGGUUCAAGGCCUGGCAAGUGAGAAACCACCCAAUACCAGCCAUGUUCCUGAACCCUCAAGGCCAGUACAGAAAUCCAAGCCAGCUCUUAAGGCUCUCGAAAACUUGCAGAACCCAGCCCAGCAACAGGUGCUCCUGCAGGCAGACAAACGGGGACUGGAGGCCGUGAAGGCAGCGCCAGGUGGUGACAAUGACAUGCAUCAGGUCUGCUCUGAUAUCCAGCAGCCCAUGCUCUCCACUCUGGCUCCACUGGUUGCCUCCAAACGCCACAACCUAGGUUCAGAGCCUUGCAAAGGGGAUGCCAAUGCUCACAGCAGUACUGACACCACCGCCAUCACCACAGCCUCUACAAUAGUGAGGCCAUUGACACAGGAGGUCAGUGCAAGAGUAGUUUCCCAGGGUAGCGCCAUGGCCUCAAGUCAGGCCAAUUCAGGAUGCAGGCCUGGUAUGUUGGACUUGUGCUCAGGCCAGGAUCUUACCUCCCAGGAUAGCCAGCAGCCCUUAGGGAAAGCCACUCUAACCAGUCAGCUGCGACCUUCACCCUUGUGUAGAGCCUUGCAUUGUCUGCAGCAGAAUCCAGCUCUGAUACACCUGCUGGCAACUGGCAGCCCCCUGCAACAUCAUAUGCCAGUACUUCCCAUCCUCACCAACCCACGAGCACUGCAGGCAUUGAUACAGAUAGAAAAAGGCCUGCAGAUACUGUCCAGGGAGGUGCCUGGGCUGGUACCUUGUUUAUGGGGCCCAGGUAGACCACAUAGGGCUAGAGGAGCCCCUGAAACUAGGGGUGGACAGAGUCAUAAAGCAGACCCAGUGCAACCCACCUUGGUCAUUCUUCAGCUCCUCCAUGCACUGGCCAAUGCCUGCUCCCAGUCUAGUCAACUCUCACCCUCAUCCCCCCUCACUGAAGGCCACUACCAGCAAGAACUGGAGCAUCUGAAGGCCAUGGGUUUUGCUAAUCAUGAUGCUAAUUUGCAGGCCCUCAUAGCCACAGGCGGAGACAUCCACGCUGCCAUUGAGAGGCUGCUGGGGGAACCAGAGGCCUAG